AUGAAGACGAUUCGGCUUUUUUCUCUCAAAAUUCUAUUUUUGAAAGUCAGGCUAGGUUAGGCGAUUAAAGUCAGGCGUUACCCAUAUUGCUUACGCAGCUAUUUUAGACCUCUCUUACAGGAGGUUAGCUGCUUUUUAACUCCAGCCCAGAGGGUUUUUCUCCCGAAGGUGGAUGCCACUUCAGGUACCUUCUGUCAGUCUUGAGUGGGCGGCUUAUGGAUUUCUCCCGCGCUGCUAUGGGCAAUUGGAGUAGCUUGAUUCCAUGGAUCCUUGGGAUCUAUUGGGUGUUAGCGUGUUUUCCUUUGGCAGUUGCAGGAAAAAGACUACUCCCCUGUGGCCUCGGCCGAAACCCCCCAGUUUCUCGGAAUAUCAAUGGGUCAUCGAACUUUGUUGAGCACCUCCGCAUCCAACCACAGGAAAGCAGCCAAAAUCUACCCCAGAUACACAUCUAUUGAGUCUGCAUUUGAUUUUCUUAGGAGUCCAUCCCAGUUCGCCAUAACUAUAAGGUCAUGACUGUGGGCAAGAAGACACAUGCCGCCAUUUUAUGUAUCCGCUUUUUGACAGUCUUUGUCAAAUUUUUCAGUGGUAUUCAUGCAAUUAUACCAGCAAACUCUUGAAUGAGUAUUUCUCAACUUUAUUACUGCUCAAAUUGAACCUUGAUUUAUACUGGUAUAGAAUUAAGUCAGUAUCGCCACUUUAAAUUAAAUAAAAUUAUAAUGAUUAUAAGAAAAUUCAAAAUGUUCAUUUCUAUUUUCUCAAAAAUUUCAUUUAUAAUAGUCAUGGCAAGUGUUACUUUGUAUAUUUAUGACCUAACUAUGGGUAUGGCAAGGAUGCUUAGCCCAGGACUUAUAGGCCGGCAAAUAGAAGGAAUUUGGCACACUGCAGUAGUCGUUUAUGGCACUGAAUUUUUCUUCGGAGGAGGAAUAUGCGAAGCUCCUCCUGGAAGUACGAUGGCAGGACGUCCAGUUCAAACCCUAAACAUGGGUGUCACAAACAAGUCUCUUGACGACUUUAAGCAGUUUUUGAAGUGCAUUUCUCACAGAUUUACAAUGACGACUUAUCAUCUCAUUAAGCAUAAUUGCAACAACUUUACCGACGAGUGCUGCAGGUAUUUGGUCAACAAGAGAAUUCCGAGCCACAUCACAGGAUUGCCUGAAGAUCUCCUCAGUACUCCCUUAGGUAGACAAUUUGCACCAAUGAUCGAAUCCAUGUCUAGCGUCGGCACUCAACUAGGAUUUUCUUUAAAUCCCACAACGGACUACUUUGCAGAUUAUAUAAGGCAUUCUGAUUUCCUCUCGGAUUUCAAGGAUAUUGAUUCAUAUCCAUCUUUUGACGAAUUUAUUCAGAAAGAAGGGGUUAUUGUGUACUGGGAUCCAAGAGAUGAAGGCUUUAUUGACAAGCUGGAAAUUUUGCGAAGGGUUAGUGAGAAGAUUCAGCUGGGGUGUGUUGACCUUUUAAGAUGCUUUUACUUAGCCCCUGGAAGUACAUCUGCAGCUCAAAUAUAUCUUCAAGGUGAGUGCAUCAAUACGUAUCCACUGGAUGAGCUUGAAGCAGCACUAGCUGAAUUGGAUGAUGUCAGAGAAUGCAUCAAAGAAUCUCUAAGUUCUUAA